CAUUGGAAGAGGCAGUAAUACAAAGGCCUUGGCUGAUAUGAAAUAAAACUUGAGUUGCGAAAACACUACGAGAACUUUCAAGCUAGUUAACUCUAACAAUUCUUCCCCAGAUCAGACAUCACUGGCUUUUCUCUCUGCGGAAGUGUUGUUCGCGCGCUGUGACAGACAGAACGCAUAUGGCUGCAUCAAGUGGUUUGUCUUUCAUUUGAGAACUACGAUCGAAGAACUAGAGACGGUCAUCUAGUUACUGCCCAUCAAAAGGCUCGACAAGAACAUAUCAAGGAAGCACUCGUGGUGAAUGCGUCCCUUGACAAUAGGGCGCAUUACAUUAUCGUCUCAUCGUCCCAUCUUACAACACUCUUUAGACGAUCCCGCUACACCCACUUCAGUGUCUGCUGAAGCUUUGAUUUGGUCAAUCAACGUCUUUCUACCAGGACAAACUUUUCUGCGUCCACGAAACGCCGCGCUGAAGGAUUAUGGUGAGCACACACGGACGACUUCAUGACAUCCCAUCCACUGAAUACUUUGAUGUUGCUUGAUGAUAUCGACGAGCAAUUAUACCGACUAUCGAUAAUAGACAGAGCAUUUCGUUGUAUUGUUCUUCAAUCACGCCGCUGCACCAGUACACAAGAAUCGCUUUCAUUACGGAAACCACUUGAACAGCUUGGCACGCGUGGUCAUUUCUGCCGUUGCAGGUUCAAAGUUGAAAGCGAUUGAAACACCUAGGAGGAAUGGUUAUUCACUACUUGCUUGCCGAAUUUUACCUUUGCAAAGAGACUCCAGUCCCGCCCAUUUUGUUGAAGGCCUUAUUACGUUUUCGAACAAAGAAUCAAUCUUACAACAAGCCAUUAUCGGCAAUGAAUUUAGUCGUACCUAAUAUUAUUCACGUUGACUUUCAACUUGUCUUGCAAAAAAUCCCGGUUUUCCGCUUAUCUUAUUUGUUCAUAGUAGUUACCAACGGGCAGCACCUCUACUUUCCAAGGCUUGGUCCCACGUCAAGUAUUAGGAUUAUCAUUAAAACAUGAGAACACUUCCAUGGAAGAAAAAGAAUGGUUCGACUACACUAUCCCUUCCAAGGAAAACCAUUGCGUCGGUCGGCAGGUCUACAAAGCGCCUUCGUGUUGAAGCUUCUCUUUCUGACAGCGAUGAUGAUUUCAACUAUCCACCUAAGCGGAUCAAAGCCAUAAGCCAUAGUCGUGAACCAUCUACAUCGCCUCCACCAGAACCUCCCACUGAAAGUUUCAUGGAGGAAGGUCGAGAGCAUGAUGAUAAAUAUCGUAUUGUUGAAGACGAAUUUUUGACAGUUGCAAAGUCGUUCACUGUACAUCUACACACAGCCGAAUAUAAAAGACUUGGAAAAAUGGCCAAAACACGAAAUGCUGAAGCCAUUAAUUCGAUUUCAAGGCCUGUGGUUGGUAGAAUGCCAGAUGCAACAAGGCGUAAAGCCGAAGAAGUUGCAAGGUCGAAAAAUCAGCGAAAAGUUCUAGAGAAAUUAGUUGGCAAAAAUGAAGAUGGCCUUUCUGGUGAUAGUGACGAAGAAACUUUGCCCUUUGUUGGAACAUCACUUUAUGGCCUGAUGACAAGUCCAAAGAAAAGAGGUAUAUCACUCAUGAACAUCUCUUCUCCAACCAAAACUACAAGAGCAGCUGCGGGAUUUCGCAAUCCCACUAAAUUUAAGACCUCACAGCGCGUGUCCUCUCCGACUAUCAAAACUAAGACUCAAGCUGUGGAUUUAGAUCUAGAUGCUACAGCUUCCGAAGACGAUGAUGAUCUAGAUGCACCUAUUUCGGUUCCCAAGUUCUCACUCUCUAAACCAAUCCCUGGGAGAGAUGCUGUUAAUACAGAGUCAGAAGCCAUGUUAUCGACAAUCUCAACAACAGCAACUCCGAGUAAGCUGCAAAGUUCGAGUAUUCCUGUGACUCUUGAUGCCAGUGUUUAUAACCCUACCAAAGCUCCGAUUGCUGAUCCGUCCUCUAAUUCAUCUAUCACACAAGAUAGGAUAGCAAGACGAAUUGCGCAGACGAAACUUAGAAGAAAACAGGAGGAGGAAGACAAAAAGAAGCUCGACAUCAUACCGACAUUCUUAUAAUUGAUCAAC